AUGUAUACCCACACACCAACUAUCGCCAACAUCGAUUCUUCUCGACCGGAUCCCCAGGAGGCUGACGUCCUCCCAUCGUCCACCAUGGCGAUCGCCAUGGGCUGGAAGAAGCCCGACAAUGUCGCAGGCACAGCAGCGCCAGCUAUCAUGGUCGGCCUGUUUGUUGCAUCUGGCGGAUUGCUCUUUGGCUAUGACACUGGAUCUAUCAACGGCAUUCUCGACAUGAGGCCCUUCAAAGACCAAUUUUCAACCGGCCGCCCCGAAGCGGCCGGCCUUUCCCUUAGCCGACUCCGACGCCUCGACAUCACGCAUCCCGCCCUCAUUGACGAGCUUCAAGAAAUAGUGGCCAAUCACGAAUAUGAGCUGACUCUCGGUCCGGAUACCUAUAUGGAUGUCAUUCGUGGCAGUCCCCAUCUAGGACGACGAACCCUGACUGGAUGUGUGUUGCAAAUGCUUCAGCAAUUGACUGGCAUCAACUUUAUCAUGUACUACAGCACCACCUUCUUCAAGGGGGCUGGUGUCGACGACCCUUACACGAAAUCCGUCAUCAUCAACGUCAUCAACGUUGUCUCAACCUUCCCUGGCCUCCUCGUCAUCGAGUCAUGGGGUCGUCGCAAGCUCCUAAUCGUCGGGGCCAUCGGCAUGGCAGUCUGCCAACUUCUCAUUGCUUCCUUUACUACUGCGGCCGGAGACGGCGACGAGCUGCAAAAGAUUGGCCAGACUAUCCUCAUCGUCUUCUGCGCCAUCUAUAUCUUCUUUUUCGCGGCCUCUUGGGGUCCCGUCGCGUGGGUUGUAACCUCGGAAAUCUAUCCCCUCAAGGUUCGUGCUAAAGCCAUGUCUAUAUCCACGGCCUCCAACUGGCUUCUCAACUUUGCCAUCGCGUAUGGCAUCCCAUUCAUGCACAGCAUCGUCAAGCUCAAGUACGACAAUGAUCGCGCCGCCGCCUGCUGUUUUACCAACUAA